CAUUAGUUUUUCGAUCGCCACCCCCACAACAACACACCCCUUUCCAGCCUGAUUGUCUCCAUCUUUACUCAAGCGCCUGCUCUCACCAUGUCGAUGCCGAAAGGACUGGCCAACGCAGUGGCCAACAAGGCUUCCGAAGGCUCUGGCCUGCGCUCGCAACAAGGUGAUGGCUGGAUCCAGACGCAGACCAGCACAUUCACCAACUGGGUGAACGUGCAGCUUGAGAAGGGCGGCUACCCGCAAGCUCCGGACGAUGGUGUCGUGGACUUUAUCAAGAACGGCGUCGCCCUCAUCCAAGCACUCGAAGUUGCCUCUGGAAAGAAGUUCAAGCGCUACAACAAGAACCCAAAGCUUCGCGUGCAUGAGAUUGAGAAUGUCAACCAUGCCCUGGACUUCAUCAAGGAGGAAGGCCUCACUGUGGUGAACAUUGGAUCUGAGGACGUGGUGGAUGGCAACACCAAGCUCGUGCUCGGCCUCAUCUGGACCAUCAUCUACCACUACCAAAUUGCCGCCGCCUUCAAGAACGCGCCCUCUGCCAACGCCAAGAAGAACAGCGCAAAGGACAUCCUCCUUGAGUGGGUCAACUCGCAAAUCCCCGAGUACAAGAUCUCCAACUUCAACAAGGACUGGAGCGAUGGCCGCGCCCUCUGCGCCCUCGUCAACAAGAUUGGUGGCGAGCCCUGGCUCAUCCCCAACCACCGCGAAAUGCACACGGAGAGCGCAAAGCGCAAUGCGCAGGUUGCCAUUGACACCGCAAACGAGCACCUGGCCAUCCCAAAGGUGCUGGAGGCUGAGGACCUGGUCAACCCUGCCCUGGACGACCUGUCGAUGAUGACAUAUGUCUCCUACUUCAAGACGGCCAAGCGCGUGCAGCCCGAUGGCAAGAUUGCUGCCGAGUCUGAGCCCGAGCCCGAGAAGGAGGCGGAAGAGGAGGAGACGAAGGAGGUCGAAAAGGCAGCGCCUGCCGAUGACUCUUCCUCCGCUGGCCUCCCGCCCCCAUGGGAGCGCAGCCCGGACUGGCGCGCGUACGAGGGCGCUGACCUUGGCGGCCGCUGCAAGAUCCGCGUGUACUCGUCCACGACCACAUCCAGCGCCGUCACCCGCAAGAACAACGAGGAGAUGAUGCGCCUGUUUGAGCGCAUGGGCGUGCACAACCGCCCCGACUUUGAGCCGUGGGUGAUGGUGGAUCUCAUGGACAAGGCGGACCGCGACAAGGUCUUUGAGAAGGCCGGCACGCGCCAGCUGCCAAUGCUGUUUGUGGAUGACGAGUACAUUGGCGGUUACGAUCGCGUCAUGGAGCUCAAUGAAACCAACGAGCUGGAGAAAAUCCUCCAGUACUGAACUCGCACACGUACGUACACACGCGUGCGCACACACGCACAUUCGUGCCUUUGUGUUAUGAUUCUGCUUUUCGUCGUGUUUUUCUUUGUGUCCUGUGCGCUUCGAGGUUGGUUUUGCCGCCUUUUUGCGUGUGGAAUGCAUCCAUCGAUCAUGCGACACGCAAGUGAACAUGUGUCUGUCUCUGGCUGUCUGUCUUUGUCUGUCUGCCUGUCACUGUUCAUCUUUUGUCUCUGUCUCUGCCUCUGUCUCCCCCUCUCUGCUUCUCUCCCGCUUUCUCAAUGUUUCUCUUGACCUUCAGUCCAUGCGGUACACUUUCGUGUUUUGUAUGUUUAGUGCAGCGACUUGCGGCCAUAUCAAAUUCAAGCAGUGAAGAAGGCAUGGAAAGGAGAGAGCUUGCGAGGUGUGUCUGAUCUUGGAUCCGACGAUGCACAGAAGAAAAGGUGGUGAACGACACAUGGCUUGGGCAACGCCAAGUGGACGGUCGUGAGAACAAAGGAAGACAGUCAAACAACAGAAAGCGGUAAGAAACCAGCCAGUAAGCGACGAGUAGAAAUUAAAAGACUGCAAUAGCACAUGCAC